AUGAGUCAUGAUCCAUCUCCCAUACGCCUAGGUUAUAUGCAAGGGGCUUUCCACGUUUACCUUGCAAAGCCAUCAGCAUUUAGUUGGGCUAGAAAGAAUCCGAGAAAUGGCUUAUCCUGCAAACCAAAUCUUUCACUUAAAGAUGCAAUCAGUGCAAGCAUUUCAAGGGGAAAGCUAGUCUCUGGUGCCACAAAUGAUUCCAAUUUAACAUCUUCAGUGCCAACUUUUGCUAAUCCGUUUUGGAUCGAAAUGAUAGUUAUUGCCAAAAGAUCGAUGACAAACUCAAGAAGAAUGCCUGAAUUAUUUGGAAUUCGCUUGGGUGCAGUUCUUGUCACCGGGAUCAUCUUAGCUACCAUGUUUUGGAAGCUAGACAAUUCACCUAAAGGCAUCCAAGAACGUUUAGGCUUCUUCGCUUUUGCCAUGUCCACCACUUUCUACACUUGUGCUGAAGCAAUCCCCGUCUUCCUUCAAGAAAGAUACAUCUUCAUGAGGGAAACAGCUUAUAAUGCUUAUCGCCGGUCAUCUUAUGUAUUAGCUCACUCUCUAAUCUCCAUUCCUGCUCUAGUCGUCCUCUCCAUCUCCUUUGCCGCAACAACCUUUUGGGCAGUAGGCCUUGCUGGUGGCCUUUCCGGGUUCUUUUUCUUCUUCUUAACAAUCUUUGCCUCGUUUUGGGCUGGAAGCUCUUUUGUAACAUUCCUUUCAGGCAUCGUCUCUCAUGUCAUGUUAGGUUUCACCGUUGUUGUGGCCAUCUUGGCCUAUUUCCUGCUCUUCAGCGGAUUCUUCAUAUCUCGAGAUAGAAUACCCUUGUACUGGAUAUGGUUCCACUACAUCUCCCUGGUGAAAUAUCCUUACGAAGCUGUUCUGCAGAACGAAUUUGAUGAUCCUACAAAAUGCUUCGUUCGAGGUGUCCAAAUGUUUGACAACACACCCCUCGGAGCAGUGCCAGUGUCACUCAAGUUGAAGCUGUUGCAAAGUAUGAGCGGUGUCUUGGGCGUAGACCUCACAGGCUCAACUUGUGUGACAACCGGCAGGGAUAUCCUGGUGCAGCAGGGAAUAACCGAUAUAAGCAAAUGGAAUUGCUUGUGGAUCAUUAUUGCCUGGGGAUUUUUGUUUAGGAUUCUGUUUUACUUUGCAUUGUUGUUGGGCAGCAAGAACAAGAGAAGGUAAAUAACCAAGCCGGUGAAGAAGAUUAUUGAGGGGGUACAACAAGAAUCAAUGGAAAUUUCAUCAAUCUAUAUUGUGAUAAAAUGUUUUUAAUUAAUUUUCUUGUCAAACACUUGAAUUCUUCUUCUUCUAAAAAUGGGAUGUAGCUGUUGUGUUUGCUCUUUUGCAGUUCAAGUCACCCAUAUCUCUUCUGUUCAACAUUGUUCAACAAACCUUUAUCUUCUUUUUUCCCUUAAGUUCAAUAGUAAAGGGAUAUGACCCUCUGAUUUUCUUGAA